UCAAGGAGGGAGCUUAUGAAGCAAGGAAGAUAAAGGAGUGAGGGCCUGGCAGGCCCUUGCAACAAGUCUGAGCAAGCUGUAGCAAGAUAAUGGGUACUAAAGAGCUCUGUAACUAAUCUCCAGUUCAUGAAUCCAGCAGAACUUCUCUUCCAGUGAGCCCACUGCCUCUGUGGAAGGCUGGAUUGUGACCAGACAACUUGGACAUGGCAGACCAGCCUGUGACACUAUCCCAGGGAACUGUGGCCCAGUUCAACCAAGUAAUGACAUCAGAGGACACAGAUUCCACAUGUCUGAAGGCAGGAUCUAUACCUAUCCGCCAAAACUCCCUGUCCACAGACAUCACAUCCAAGCCACUAUUGCGUCUACAGAGUGUUGAAGAAGGGAAGGCCCCUUUCCCACCAUCUCGAAGAAGCUCCAUCAUAAGCAUCCUCAAUGCUCCCUUUCCUAGCAGGAGAAGCUCACUAACUACUGGAGGCAGACGCUUCUCUUGGAUGCACUUUGGUCGAGUGAGUUUCUCUGGGUUACCCCUUUUUGAACCCAUCCAGGAGACACACUAUGAAAACACCUACAAGACCCAGCCAGAUGAAGGAUGCAGGUUUAAUGUUUUCCAAAUCCAACAGGUUCUUGAAUCUAUUUUAACCAGCUACCUUGGUGACACUAAGUACAGUCCUGCAAAUAGUGGCCAGUUGGUUCAAAACCUGUCAGAUCUCAUCCGGAACAGAGUCAAAGAAUUGUCCCCAUCUCGAUAUAAGCUGGUGUGUAAUGUCUUUCUGGGUCAACAGGCCAACCAAGGUCUGCAGGUUGCCAGUCGAUCCCUCUGGGAUACUGAAAAUGACAACUAUGCUUCUGCCACAUUUACCAAUUCUUACCUGUUUGCUGUAGCCACAGUACAUGGAUUAUAUUUUGAAUGAGCAAUGUCUACAUUUCCAGUAACCCCUUUCUCCCCAUUGUUGUCCAGUAAAAAAAAAAUUAAGUCUUCUUGAAUUAUCAUGGUUGUUAGCAUUAGAGUUAGCAUUGAACAUUGCAUAUGCCAAAUGAAAAUAUGGACACGUUACCUCAAAUAAAAAGUGGGGUGACUGGUAAGUAACAAGAGCAAAUUUUUCCCCAUAGGUCUAGUGGCUGACACAAACUUAAACAUAUAAUCUUAUGUAAUAUCUUAGCUUAAUCUUAUGUAAUAUGCUUUUACAUUGAUAAUCUUAUAUUUUCCAGAAUCAAUACAAACUAGUUGCCAAACAAUAUGACUUUCAGAAUUUCAGAAUUCCAUGUUUGAACAUGCGCUAGUAGUUAUGAACAAAGCAAUUACAUGAAUGUACUAUGGAUUAGAUACAAACCAGCAACCACUACAUUUGGGAGGGGAGCAGGGAAAUUAAAGCAGAGAGGGCAUGAAAUACUUCAUAGUGCUAGAGUGUACCCUCAUCUCAAGGUAUAACAGUUAACUCCAUAUUUGCAUAAUGGAAAGAUGACUCUGAUUAACAGACCAGCUUGAAUUGUAGUAAUCCUGGAUCUGGAAGCUUGGAUCUGGUUUGAAGUCCAUGUAGUGUGCCAGGGAAGUCAGUUAGACUGAAAUCAGACUUACAAUCCUGAAUUCUGAGAUUUGUUUGCCAUAUGGGUGUGAGAUAAUUUAUCAGAGCAUAUCCCAAUGCACCAGAGAAAUCAGGGUAUCACUAACACAUGGGUCAUAGCUGAGAUAAAUAAAUCAGCUCUGUGAGGUUGUGGUUGUGUAUUUCGGCGCAUGUGUGAAACAGAGGCAUCUAAACAUUUUGAUCCAAGCACAGCUUUGAGACACAGAAACCAUUUGAUAGGGUGGACCACAGUAGGGGUGUGACCAUUAUCUUAAUAUUAAAAUUAAAUUAAUAAAUUGAGGAAAGUAGAAGUUGUUUGCAAGCUGCUUUGGAAAAUAGGCAGGGUGUAACUGUA